AUGGAAGUACAAUUUGGACCGAAUUCCUCCGAUGAGCCGAAUUUACUAUACAAACUUCAACGAAAAAUAAAAGUAUUUAAUACUAACAACUCUUUAGCAAAUAGAGGAUAUAAUUUAGUGGCUUGUACUAGUAAAUAUGGUAUAGUUUUUAUAGCCUCACCUAAUGGGAUGCUAUCAGUAUAUUACUUAAAAGAAUUAAUUGAUAAGGAAUCUGAGGCACAACAUGUAUUGUUGAAACUUCAAGUGUCUCCCACACACAUUGCUGUAAACUGUAAUCAAGAAUGGCUUGCAGUUAUUGGUGGACAAAUGCUACUUGUUUAUAAGUGCAUGGACUUUCAAAAUCCGGAAAUAAGGCCAGCUGUGACUAUCAAGUGUGAUGUGAAUCCUUCAACAUUUGUGUCAUCAUUACAAUGGAAUCCUUGUAUCCCUGAUACUAUUGGAAUUGUAUAUUUUGAUGGCACUCUCUUGGUCAGUCAAGUCAGUACUAUGCAAGUGAAAAAAAUACAAUCUAAUGCAAGAUGCCUCUGUUGGAGUCCUAAGGGAAAGCAACUGGUAACUGGCAACACUGAUGGAACACUCACUCAGUACAAACCAGAUUUAUCACCAAUGAAAAUGGUUCCAACACCAAGAUUAUUUGAAGGAGCUCCUGUUGAAGCAAUGGCCAUUUAUUGGAUUGCUACCUACCAGUUUGCAGUUAUAUAUAAAAAUGCAGCAGAUAACAGCCGUCCAGCUGUAACAAUAGUCAAUACCCCCAAAGGAGGUGCACCAACAUGCAUCAACUAUGAAGACAUUUGCUACAGUAUGGGGUCUAAUAGACCCUGGUAUUAUUAUUUACAAGGAAUUUCUCACUGGAAUUUAAUACUGACAUCAUCGUCCAACAGUAUGGAAAUAGCAACAUUGGCCACCAUGGAUGGUUCUAAUUGGGUACAAUGGUGCCAGUCAGAUGAAGCAAGACCUGAAUUGCCUUUAACUGAUAAAAAGCAAGAGAAUUAUCCAGUUGGUGUCUGUAUAGACACGGCGGCCAUACAUCAGUUACCUUGGGGUGAAAACCAAACACUUCCACCAAUGCCUUUACUACAUGUAGUGUCUCACACUGGGUGGUUAUCUAUAUUUAAUGUGAUUAAUUUGAACAAGUCAGCACAACAACUAUGUAGUCCCACACAACCAUUGCUAUUGCCUAAUACUGCUUUAACAUGCAAUAUACCUGACGACGUACCACCACAACCGCAGCAACCACCCGCACCUAUUGCUCAACCAAAGCAACCUCCUCAAAUGCAAACAAUACAACAGCUACUCGAACAACCAAUCGUUCAUCAACCGCAAAUGCAACAACAGUUAAAGCAACCCCAACCACAGCAACUGGCGCAACCACCGCAACCACAAAUACAACAACCAACACCGAUCGUACCGAAACCUGUGCCCCAAGCGCCCAAUAGCGCGUUUCAACCAGCAUCUCAGCCAUAUGAAGUCAAGCAAGAAACGCCAUCAGUUACAACCGAAACACCAACUUCGUUGCCUCAACCGAAAGCCACAGUUCAAGUACCGAAACCCCAACCAGUAGAAGUGACAGCUGCAAUGAUACUAGAGCAAGAGAGAAUUAGCAAAGCAAAAGCGAAUCAAGAACUGAAGAAAAUGCUCAUCAAAGAAGUUAAUGAUUUUCAAAUGGAGUUGUAUAAGUUUAUGAAAAUGACUCAAGAGCGACAGGAAAAGUUGCAACAAGAAUUACAAUCAGCGAAUUUAAUUACGGAAAUUGACAUGGAUGCGGAGAAGCUAAGGAAGGAAUGCUCCAUGGAAGAUUUGCGCGACACUGUCAUACAGCUCAAGUUGGAACUGGUACGCACGUGCGCCGCCGUCGCCGAAGCCAGAGCACACGCUGAAGCAAAAGACCAACGUGAGUGGACGCAAAUGGACCCUCUAACAGCCAAACGUAUAGCGUCAGUAAAGAAACUUUCAUACUAUGUACAAAAUCAACUCGAUCAAGCGCAGAAAGCUCUUGAUCAUAAAUGGAACGAAAUGAUCGCUAGAGAUGAAUACAGCAAGCCUGGAGACCGUAUGAUACGUCCCAUAUUAGACGAUGUGUAUCAGCCUUUAGUGAAACAGCAAGAAAUAAUCAGUAGACAGCAGGCUAUGAUAAAAACUUUGAAAAACACUAUGAAAGAAUGUAAUAUCGCACCAUCAUUUAGAUCCACUUCGCUAUUACGAAACACGCCUUUUAAGAAUAAAGAUCCACUAUCAAAACUGACAAAGAAUAUCUUGAAUAUGAGUAUUGAACCUCAAAACAAGGCAAAAGAACAGUUACUAAGUUCCCAAAAAUUGGACGCUCUCAGAGAUGUACUGUCCAAUCAUAAACCUAUUAAAAUUAAACCAGUGAGUGUGGAAGUGACUCAACACUUGGAAAAUAUGAAGAAGAAGUAUGAACAAAGUGUACGGGAAAGAGAAUUGAAGGAGGAGGCUUUGAAUGCUUCGGCUAAAGAAGUAAAAGUACCUGAAAUUAAAGAAGAAAAGCCAAUGGAAUCGUUUCCUAAACCACAAUUACCAUCGUUCCUGCAAAUGCCAGUAAAGAACGAGCCCAAAGUUGUGACGCCAAGUUUUAGUCAAGUUGUACCUCAAGUGACGCCAAACUUGUUGAAAAAUGAAGGGAAUGCCUUUAAAGGUCCAAUUGGAGGUAUACCUACAUAUGGAUUUACACAAUCAGCUGUACCUGAAGCUAAAUCAGACGUAGUGAAAGAAUCUCCAAUAAAAACACCGUCGUAUAAUUUUAAACCAGCAGUUCCAGUCGCUAGAACGUUGUUUUCUGAUGAACCGAAACAAGAAAAGCAAGUAGAAGCCACUCUAAAACCAGUUCCAGCUUUGCAACAACCAUCUUCUGAACAGAAAAUGAAUGCCAGUCAGAAUACAAAGAGUUUGUUAAGACAAUACAUUCUGAGAGACUCAAAUGAAAAUGCAUCACAGAAUAAUGAGAAUAAGAAUGACUCGAAUACUUUCAUGGGACAAAAUAUUUGUUCACCGACAGCAUUUGGAAUUGCUAAACCUCAAGCAACAGCAGCGCCAUCUGCAGUGUUUGCUUCAAAGCCCAUAACGGACAUGGCUAAUAUGUUUAGUAAAUUCCAAACCGAAGAGCCUGCUACUACUGGAACCUCUAAACCGGCGAAUGAUGAAACAGGCGAAUCAGAAACUACCGGUCCCAAAGAAAAACCAAUAACAAAUAUGUUCAGUCUAAAAACAUCUACGCCUUUGGUUAGUAAGAAUCAGAAUGUUCCAGACGUCAUAAAAGGUGGUCAAGGAUUUAUAUUCGGUAAAACUGAUAACAAAGGUUUUGUUAAACCUAAAGCUGAAGAAAACGUAGAGAAGUCAAAAGAUAAUGUUCCAGAUAAAGAUGGAGAUAAUCAAAAAGCGGUGGAUAAGAAAGAGGAUUUGAAGCCAUCCGUUGCGCCAAUGACAAGUAAAGCGCCCGCUCAAUCAGUUAUUAUAGUUGACCUUAAAAAACCUGCAGCUGAAGCCAAAAUAGAAAAAGUACCUUCGUCUAUAUUCGGUACUACUCCGCCUUCACCACCACCUACAGUUUCUAAACCACAACAAGGAUUCCUUACGAUUUCAUCACCAACCGAUUCAACUAAAACAACAGAGAUCACUACAACAACAGACAACAAAACUAAUACUACUUCUGCACCAGAAAGUCCUGUGCCAGAAGAGAAGAAUACCACAAGUGUAACAAUAACAAUACCUAAACCCAAAGAAUCUGAAUCUGCAAAAGAUAAAAAAAUUGAUUCUCAGGCUGAAAACUUAAGUGCAACGAAAACUCCACCUGUCACAUCUACAUCAACUUCUGCACCCACUAGUGUAGAACCAAAACCAACAGAAUUUACUGCUCCCACACCAGCCUCUAGUGCCUCUCAACCUGCGCUUUCCCCUAAUUCAUCAAUAUUCUCAUCAACCUUUGAAACUCAAACAACGCAAGGAUCAAUCUUCGGAACCCAAACCCCUCAAGCGACAACUACAUCUGUUUUUGGAACAUCAUCAGCUCAAAGUUUGUUUUCUGCUGCCGCUUCCAAAUCAAUGUUUGCGAGUACUAAAAGUGCGUUUGGAACUUCAACAACUACUACGCAGAGUUCCGUUUUCGGAUCGAAUCCCGUUUUUGGAACUUCACAAUCUACGCCUAGUCAAGUUUUUGGAACUUCAACACAGGGUUCUAUUUUCGGAAAUACAACCACAACUCAAGCAUCUGUGUUUGGAAACCAAACACAAACAACUCAAGCGUCAGUUUUCGGAACACAAACGUCUCAAGAAUCAUUUGUUGUUCACACUGUCGAUUUUCAAUCGUAUCCACCAACUCUUAUUGGGAAUGUAACUUCUACAACUAAAGCCUCAGUUUUCGGAAGCCCAACUCAAAUUAGUCCAGCAUCUGUGUUUGGAGCUCAAACUCAAACGACUCAAGCAUCCGUUUUCGGGACGCCAACUCAAACGACUCAAGCAUCCGUUUUCGGGACGCAAACUCAAACGACUCAAGCAUCCGUUUUCGGGACGCCAACUCAAACGACUCAAGCAUCCGUUUUCGGGACGCAAACUCAAACGACUCAAGCAUCCGUUUUCGGGACGCCAACACAAUCGACUCAAGCAUCCGUUUUCGGGACGCCAACACAAACGACUCAAGCAUCCGUUUUCGGGACGCCAACACAAUCGACUCAAGCAUCCGUUUUCGGGACGCCAACUCAAACAACUCAAGCGUCUAUUUUCGGGACGCCAACUCAAACAACUCAAGCGUCUAUUUUCGGGACGCCAACUCAAACAACUCAAGCGUCUGUUUUCGGGACGCCAACAACGACUGUACAAAGUGGUUCAUUAUUUGGUGGUGGCGAAACAGAUUUAUUCGCAUCUGCAAGUAUCUCCACAACGAGUGCUCCGACUCAAGCCAGUGGAGGAAGUAUUUUUGGAAGUUCAUCCGGAUCAGUGUUUGGUAGCAGCAAUACAAACGUAUUUGGUGGGAAGGCUAGUUUCACGGGUUCGAAUCCAACUGCAUCUAAUAUAUUUGGCGGUGGAGGAGCAACUACCUUCGGCCAAAAACCUGCUACCGAUUUUUGGAGUGGUGGUAACAGCAAUAGUGGUUUUGGAUCGACUGGUUUUGGUCAACAAGCAACCACGCAAUCGUCAUCCAUGUUUGGCACGUCAGGCGGCAGUUUCAGUACGCCCAACGCGCAACCGUUCGGUAGUCCGCAACCGUUCAGUGGUGAAAACAAACCAUCAGUAUUUGGAUCUCCGCAACAACAAUCCGCACCUGGCUUCGGAGGGUCGCCUGUGUUUGGAUCUAAGCCUGUAUUUGGCGGGUCACCGGGUUUCGGACAACCGGCUUUCGGUGGUUUCAACAAGAGCCCUAACAGCGGUUUUGGAGCGCCCGCUUCGUUUGGAACCGGCGGCUUCGGUACUUCUGCCUUCGGUAACACUUCACCUGGAAAAAUGUUUGGCAACAGUACACCUAAUUUCGGCUCCCCGACCCAGUCUAGCUCUACGUUCGAGACGCUCGCGACACAGAACACGCUGACGUUCGGCAACCUCGCGCAGCAGUCCGGCGCGCCGCCGCCCGCCGCGCCCGCCUUCAACACGUCUCCAUCUUUCACUGGUUGGCGCGGC